GUGUGUUAAUUCCACUGCACUGUCUGUAUUGAGGAGGUGUCAAGCGAUACAUUCAUGAAUUCGAUUGGAAAACCAUCGCAUAGGCAUCUUUCAUAUUCCCUGUGGCCUGAUGGACUGUAAUAGACAGCUUUCAUUAGUAUUUUGAUGUUUGUUGUGAAACGAAAGGAUGGAUCAAGACAAAGACGGCUCACCGUCGCAAAGCAAAAAUGUAUUUGGAAUAAAAAUGAAGAAGAGGAAAAAGAAAGCCGGCAAAGGUCUAGUCUUUGCAAACAAAGGUGCUCAAGAUGAAUCUGAGGUCGAAGCUGUUCCUGAUGAGGCACCAGUUUUAGACCUUGAAAACCCUGAAAGUGGCAGUGAAGCCGGCGCCUCUGUUUGCCUCCCCUUCAGACAAGUGAUCAAUACAAAGAGAGCCAAACCUGCAGCCAAGAUUUUGGAAAGUGAGAGCAGGCCACAGGCUUUCCAGAUCUCCAUCAAUAUCACAGAAGCUAGACAGUUGGUGGGCGAGAACAUUGAUCCCAGUGUGGUGAUUGAAAUUGGAGAUGAAAAGAAACAAACUUCAGUCAAAGAGGGGACAAAUGCACCAUUUUACAAUGAGUAUUUUGUGUUUGACUUCUUUGCCCACCAAGAAAUCUUUUUUGACAAAGUCAUUAAACUAUCAGUGAUGCAUUCAAAGAUCAUGAAAAGCUACUGUAUUGGGACAUUCAAGAUUGAUGUUGGAACCGUCUACAACCAGCCUGGUCAUCAAUUUGUCAAUAAGUGGGCAGCACUUAUUGAUCCUACAGAUAUCAGCACAGGGGUCAAAGGUCACCUCAAGUGUGACAUCAGCGUGGCAGGGAAAGGGGAUUUGUCCUCCCGUUCUCAGAAGUUCAGUGAUGCUGAAGAGCAGAUAGAAAAGAACCCACUGCUGCCUGAAGGUUUCCCGUCUAUGCGCCCAUGGGCUACCUAUUAUGUGAAAGUAUACAAAGCAGAGGGUCUUCCCAGAAUGAACUCGAGCAUCAUGGCCAAUGUGACCAAAGCCUUUGUUAGUGACAACACAGCUCUCAUAGAUCCGUACGUGGUGGUGUCAUUCUUUGGCCAGGUGGCACGGACAUCCACACAGAAGAGUACAGCAGACCCUGAAUGGUAUGAGCAGGUGGUGUUUAAGGAGAUGUUUCCUCCUUUGUGCCAGAGACUGAAGAUCCAGGUACUGGACGAAGGUAGCAUGAAUGAUGUGGCCAUUGGGACUCACUACAUCGAUCUUCACAGAAUCUCUAAUGACCAAGAUGGAGAUAAGGGUUUCCUCCCCACGUUUGGACCGUCAUGGAUUAACAUCUAUGGUUCACCUCGUAACUCUACACUAGUGGAUGAUAGCCAAGAAAUGAACGAGGGAAUAGGUGAAGGAGUGUCCUAUCGAGGGAGGCUGUACAUCCAGCUGGCUGUAGAGAUCCUAACAGGAGGAGUUGAGUCUAAGUCUGUGUUCUCCCUGAAGAUGCCUUUGAAAGAUGUGAAGGGAGGGAAAACUGCUGGUAAAGACCCCAAAAUUGGGACAGGAGGAGCAGUUGGAGGAGAGGAGGAGAAAAUGGGGGUCAUGGUGCUGCCUGUGGACACCCCACAAAUGGUCAGAGAUGAAGACAAGGAAAGCUUCCUGCUCUUUGGUGCUUUAUUUGAGGCUACUUUGAUUGACAGGAGGAUUGGAGACAAACCCAUCAGCUUUGAGUUCACCAUUGGAAACUAUGGUAACUUGAUAGAUGGUGCUGCCCUACCAACUUCUAAGAAAAAGGCAGAGAAGGGAUCUGAUCAUUCAAGUCAAGAAGGAGCCAUGACCAGCCCUCUUCUGGAAGCUCAGUCAUCAGCGUCCUGCAAGUCCACCACACGGCCAGAGAAGCCUAUUCUCGGAGAUGGAAACAGGACAUACUAUUAUUUACCCAUUUCAACAUGGAAGCCCUGUAUCCAUGUGCGGAGCAGCUGGGAGGACCGAACGUACCGCCUUCAUCAUUCUAACAUGCUGGAUAGAAUAGCACUUAUGUUUGAAGAGGGAGUGGCCAAGGUAGCACAGAUGGACAAGGUGAUGGAGCCAGGAGUGGAGCCUCUGAUGCAUGCUGUAUUGCGCGAAUUUUGCAAAGAUGCCAGGGAGUUUAUUGCUUUCGCUGAAAAGAAGGUCAAAGGAGCUCAUCUGACCAUGCUGGAUAAGAAGAGACUUACCCUGUGCAAACAGCAGCUGGAAAGUAUGAUAGAGGUGGCAGAAAGCAUCACUGAGCCCAAAAGAAAAGCCCUGACCAUCAAAGAGAUGCUGACAGAGUCACGGAAGCUCACUCAAAGAAUCAGGUUCCUGGUGGAAGAGCCCCAGCAUACACUGCCAGAUGUAUUUGUGUGGAUGCUUAGUAAUAAUAAACGUGUGGCAUAUUCCCGCCUCCCUGCUCGCCACCUGCUGUACUCUGACGAUCCUGUGGAGAGAGGUAAAGACUGUGGCAAGAUCAGCACCCUGUUCCUUAAGCCCCCUGGGAAGCAUGGAGCAACCUGGGCAGUGCAGGCUAAAGUGGAUGUAUAUCUCUGGCUAGGCAACUGUAGAGACACCUCCCAUAUGCUGAAGAAUCUCCCAGCAGGCUUUGAACUGCAGGGGGUAUCAUUAGAAGAGAGCAGCAGCACUCCUCCUGAGAGCUUGCUGUACAAAGAACGACAUGAGUUUCAGCUGAGGGCUCACAUGUACCAGGCACGGGGGCUUAUUGCAGCAGACAACUCAGGCCUCUCAGACCCCUUUGCAAGGGUGUCAUUCCUGUCCAACACCCAGCGUACUGCAAUCAUUAACCAGACUCUUACACCAACCUGGAACCAAAUGCUGAUAAUGGACAGACUGCCUCUGCAUGGCAUGCUCAGUGAACUGCUGCAAGAACCACCUCUCAUUACUAUUGAAGUCUACGAUGAUGAUGCUCUGGGUAAGCCAGAGUAUCUGGGCUCCACUGUAGCCAUCCCAGAGGUCAAGCUCGCUGAGGAGUCAUACACACCUCCUCUUUUGCAGUACAGUCCCCUCUUCUGCGGCAGCUUGUCAGGUGGGGACAUACUUGGAGCUUUUGAGCUCAUUGAGGUUUCAAAGAAAAGAAAACACCUUCUACCUCCAUUAGAUCAGCCAGAAGGCCAGAUCUACCCUGUGCCUUCAUACAUCCGACCCGUGCUCUGCAAGUACAGAAUUGAGGUUCUGUUCUGGGGUCUAAGAGAGCUGAAGAAGGUACAGCUUCUGUCUGUGGAUCGGCCUCAAGUCUUCAUAGAGUGUGCAGGAAAAGGAGUCAACUCCUCCGUGAUACAGAGCUACAAGAGCCACCCAAACUUCAGCAUGCUUGUGGACUCUUUUGAAGUGGAGCUGCCUGAAGACGAAUACCUCCACCCUCCACUCUCUAUCACUGUGGUGGACUGGAGAGCGUUUGGCAGGAGCACUCUAGUGGGCAGCCACGUUAUUAAUAAUCUGGGCCUGUUCAAAUACACCCCUCCAUCCCUACCACCUCCCAGACCACAGCAACAGGAGCCAGCCAUCAUAGAGCCUGCAUCACUUCCUGGACCAGAAAUCAUUGAAGCACAAUCAACUGAGGACAUUUACAUCAACAUAGAGCAGGAGGAGACACCCAAACCUCCUCCUAUGACUGAGCCAUUGCCUCCAGACAAGAAGGACAGAGAGUCUAAAAAGAGCAAGCGAAGGUCUACAAAAAGGAAGAAACGCACUGCUGCUGAUGAGUCUGCUGACUGUGUCAUUGACUGGUGGUCUAAGUACUACGCUUCAGUGGAGAAGAUCCAAAUGUCAAAACAAAGGGAGGCCAAUCCAUUUCCAAACCUCUAUGAAGCUGUACCUCCUCUUCAGAGCUUGCUCUCGGAAGGAUUAACCAAUAUGGCUACAGGAAUGAAAGAGAAGAAAAAGCAGAUGAGCUUCAGGAGUGUGGGUGAACAGCCCAAAUUAGCAACCUUAAAGGUAUAUGACAAAGAGCUUGAGGCUGAGUUUGGCCCUUUUGAUGACUGGGUGAAAACCUUUGAGCUGUAUCGUGGCAAAGCAAAUGAGGAAGAUGGCUCUAGUGUUGAGAGGUUUGUUGGAAAUUUCAAGGGCAGAUUCUGUCUGUAUAAGCUGCCUGAAGGUGGUGAGGGUAAGGGUUUGGAUACCUGGGAGUAUAAGAUAAAUCAGGGGAUUCCAGCCAACGCUCCUGUGAAUGUACUUAUUCGAGUGUACAUUGUUUCAGCAUCCAACCUCCAUCCAGCCGAUCCUGAUGGUAAGGCGGAUCCUUACAUUGUACUGAAACUUGGUAAAACUGUCAUCAAGGACAGAGACAACUACAUCCCAAAACAACUCAACCCAGUGUUUGGGAGAUCCUUUGAAAUUCAGGCCUCCUUCCCCAAGGAAUCUUUACUGAGGAUUCUCAUCUAUGACUACGAUGUUGUUGGUGGUGAUGAUUUGAUUGGUGAGACACACAUAGAUUUGGAGAACCGCUUUUUCAGCAGACACCGUGCUACUUGUGGGAUCCCUGCUGAAUAUGCCAUCGAUGGAUACAAUGCAUGGAGAGACUGUAUUAAGCCAACUGACCUGCUGAUUAAGCUCUGCAAGGAAAACAGACUUGGUAGCCCCCGUUUCACUCCCGGAAGAAUCAGCAUUGGAGAAAAAGUCUACACUGGCAAAACCGUCUUUGUUGAUGAGGAUCAGAUAGUGGAGUCUUAUGAACAUCUGGCUCUGAAAGUACUGCGCAGGUGGGAAGAAAUGCCAGAUGUGGGCUGCCAACUGGUGCCAGAACACAUUGAGACCCGGACUCUUUACCUAAAGGACAAGCCUGGCAUGGACCAGGGCCAGGUGCAGAUGUGGGUAGACAUGUUUCCUAUGGACAUGCCUCAUCCUGGACCUCCGGUGGAUAUUUCUCCCCGCAAACCCAAAGGGUAUGAGCUGAGGAUCAUUAUCUGGAACACAGAAGACGUCAUUUUGGAAGACACCAAUUUCAUAACAGGGCAACAGUCAAGUGACAUCUAUGUCAAAGGAUGGCUGAAGGGUCUUGAAGAUGAUGCCCAGGAAACAGACGUUCACUACAACUCUCUGACUGGUGAGGGCAACUUCAACUGGCGCUUUGUGUUCCCCUUCCACUACCUCCCUGCUGAGAAGCUGGUGGUGGUCAACAAGCGGGAGAACAUCUUCUCCCUGGACAAGACGGAGCAGAAGCUGCCUGCAGUCUUAGUUAUGCAGGUGUGGGACUUUGAGAGACUGUCUUCUGAUGACUUCCUGGGCACAGUAGAGUUGGACCUGCAUGGGUUUCCACGUGGUGCUAAAACAGCAAAAGACUGUAAGAUGGAGAUGCUGAAAGACAGCAAUGAGAACAUCUCCAUCUUCCAACAGAAACGCGCAAAAGGCUGGUGGCCUUUCGUGAAAGCCGAGGAGCUCACGGGGAAAGUAGAGGCUGAGUUCCACUUGGUAACAGCUGAAGAAGCAGAGAAGAACCCAGUAGGUCGAGCACGCAAGGAGCCAGAACCUCUAGAAAAACCCAAUCGGCCUGAUACCACAUUCUCCUGGUUUGUGAAUCCUUUUAAGUGUUUCUUCCAUCUGAUCUGGAAGAACUAUAAGAAGUACAUCAUAAUUGCCCUGGUGCUGCUGAUUGUGGCACUAUUUCUUGCCUUGCUCUUCUACACACUUCCAGGGGCUAUCAGCAAUAAGAUUGUCAGCGGAUGA